GUGGCCGGUGCUUGCAGUUGCUCAGGGAGCAAAUCUAAGCGGCGGGGGGAGGAGGGGGCGGCGGUUCUGUUUUUUCUGCUCAACUGGCUGCUGUGAGAAGUUUGAUGCUGCGAGAGCCGGUCGGCCUCCUCCGCCCACCCUACUUUUCACCCGCCGCCUCGCGAAUAGUGAAGGAAUAGUCAGAAGCUUAUCCCCGGACACAGUUUUCAGGUUAAGUUUAUUGAAGAGAAGGGAAGUUUGAAUCGCGGCUCCUGGAACUGUCAUCGUGGCGGUGGGUGGUCUUCCUUCCUUGGCGGGGAAUGGAGACGAAACGGAUCGUCUCCUGGCUCCUGGUGUUGGCUGCUUCCCUUUGUCUCGUUUAUUGGGUGCUCGUGUCCUUUGGCAGCGGGGGAAGCGGGGAAGGCUCCAUUCGGCUGGACAUGGCGGGGGACUCGGCCGGUUACGUCUUCGAGCAGACCGACCAAUCCGAUGAGUUAGCCAUCCGCUGUCUCCAGGAGGAGCUGAGCCGUUGCGGCCGCCUGCGCCGAGUGUGGCGGAACGCACACAGGCUCAUUGAACUCGAAAAGGUGGACGGACUCAGACCAGAGCACCUUAUGGCGGUGAAUGCAUACACCCAGCACGAUUUCUACGAGACAUUCAAUCGGGCACUUCGGAUGUACGGAGUAAACGAUUCGAUCUACGCAACGCACUUUCGCUUUAAAUGCUACCAUUACCUCCUUUCUGUUGCCCUUGAGAAACUGAGAGGGUCCGUCUCCAGUUCGUGCAGGGAAACCUUUCGAGGAAUGAAGAGCCGGGUGGUGGGCGGAAACGGAUCGGAGAUGAGGUUCGGCUACUUCGCGUCUUCCUCCGCACACUACCGCAUCGCCGAGAAUUUCGGCGUCGCCACCGUCUUCACCAUCCGCUCGCAGUACGGCGUCCCGAUCCAGAACUUCUCCGAUUUCCCAGAGGAAGAAGAGGUGCUGAUCCCGCCCUACGAAAUCUUCCGGAUCGACUACCCCGCCGGGAGCGGCGUGGACGUCGUCCUCACCAGCCGCGGCCGCCAGACGAUCUCGGUGAGGCUGGACGAGAUCAGAGGCGGGAGAGUUCGGAAGAUGGAGAGAGAAGAUGUCAGAAGGGAGAGGUCGAGGACACCAGUAAGGAGUGGGCUUGGAGUGGAGCCGGGAGUUGAUGAAGCCCGGCGAAAUCGAUGGUGGACCAGCAGAGGGGAAACUGUGAGCUCCAACUUGUGCACACUAGACUGAUUCAUUGAAAUAGGCCCUCUUCCUUUUGUUUUACUUUAUGAACCCUUUAGCCGAAUUAAACUUUGUAAUGCUAAACCCUUUAAUUGCAUAGGGUGCACUGUCUGUUACUUCCUGGAACUGAUUUGUAAUGGGGGAGACAUCACGCAGCAUCCACGCAAACAGGAGGUUUUGCACCUCAGUCUCACACGUUUGCUGGGGCCAGAGGUCGUCUUCCCUGGGCUCUCAGGUUCUGUCGGCUUCCCGCAGCCGACAGAACCCAAGAGUUACCCUGGUACGUAAACUGUGGUCGCUAUCGUGGAGGAGAACUCUCCUGACAAGUAGAAUGGUCGUCUUCGUCUUCUUCUUCUUCUUCUUCUUCUUCUUGUUCAGAUGCAUCUAGGCGUAUUGCAGCCCUCCGCAGGAUGUACAAUUAAUUACAGAACUUCAAGGAACUCAAAUUCUCGAAUGCAACCUAGUCUCACUUAUAAACUGAAUGAUAGAUUCUUCAAUCAGAUGUUGAUUCGCUUGAUGGCCAAACAAAGAUUGAAUAGAAAACCAAAAUAAAUUUAAGCCAGAUAACCUCUUGAACAACAUGCUUCUUUCAAUUUUGUAUCGAUUACAGCUCAGCAAAAUAUGCUGGACUGUCUCUGGACAACCACAGUCACAUAAUCCAGUAGGAUGUUUUCCUAUUAUCUUUAAAUAAUAGUUUAGCCCACAAUGUCCCAACCUAAGUCUUGUAAAUUUCACCCUAUCUCUAUGACUUAGAAAGUAACAGUCCAGGGCCUUUUUAACUAGUGGGUGACUAGAAAAAUAAUGCCUGCCCCUUAAUUCAUUUUUCCAAUCCUCCUGCCACUUCUUCCCUAUACCUUUUUAAAGCCCAUUUCUCAAUUCUGCUCUGCCUAGGGGAACUCUAAUUUCUGCUUGCCUGCGCUGUAAGGAAGACUUUGCAUUGUCAUCCACAAUUUCAUUUCCCUCCACCACAGCAUGCCCCAGUAUCCAUGAAAAUCUAACUGCACGACUCAUCUUCCCUACUCUAAACACCACUAAGAGAAUCUCAAUAACUAUGUCAGGACAUGCUUUUGAUUUACUCCCUUUCAUAGACUCUAAUGCAGCAGCAGAAUCCGAACAGAUGAUAACCCUACAUAGUCGAGAGUCUUCUAUUCGCCUUAAGGCCCAGAGGAUUGCUAAUAAUUCUGUUGCAAAGACAGAAUCACCAUCUGAAACCCGGCGACCAAUCUUAACUCCAAGUUGAGAUACAUACAUCCCAAACCCUGCCCUACUGCUCUCUGGGUCCAGUGAGCCAUCAGUAAAAAUCUUCAGACAAGAUCCCUAUUUAUUAUUUAAAUAUUCAUUUGUGAUCAAUGCUGAUGAAAUUGCACUGCUUCCUCGAAGCUUAACCCUGAGAUGUUCCAGGUUGGGGUUGGGGGGGGGGACUACGAACGUUGCGUUUGAGGACCACAAAGAUCUUACUGUGAAACACAGACCCCCCCGCCCAACCUUUUGCCUCCACCAAGUCAACAUUCCAGUCCAUUCAGUGUUAUCGGGUCUCACCAAUCUAUCCAGCGCGCCCGGAGCCUCUCCUGUGAAUUGCAGAUGGCCCUCACAAACCACGGAUUUGGCCGCGCAGCGGGUACGGCACUUGCGCACGUGAAUGUGCAAAUUAUCAUUUCACUGCGGGGGUAUUUAACUCCAUUCAUUCCACCGUGGUGCUCGUUCGGGACUCGGACACAGUAACGCUUCGCUGCCUGCUUGCAUUCGGCCUUGCCCGGGAAAUUGGUCCGUCCGGCCAACUGACUCUGAGGACUAGCGGCAUUGAUUUCCAUUUGAGAGUUUCAGUUAACGACCCUGUUCGGACCAGAGUUUAUUGUUUUCUAUUCCCAUUCACACCGUUCGCCUUAAAGUCUGCAAAAUAUCAACCUGCUUCAGUGUCUCUCAUUCCGCCCUUGGAGCAAUGUCCCAACCACAGCGACAAAGGCAGCAAUUGCUCAUCUCCCUUCGUUUCUCAGCUGUGUUCUCCAGUGAGUGAACAUUUGCCGAAAAGUUGCUGGGCAGGGGAGGCUUCGGUCCUCCGCGUUUAGUCUGGCUUCGAAUCCCCUCCUGCCACCCUCAACCUCAGCCUAAAGGCGCCAUGUCCGCAUACUUGAGAGUUAAGCCCGUUGGGUCCUCUCAGAAGACCGUGAGAUCAUUCGUUUGUUAAGAUGGUUCAGGAGUAUUGUAACACACUGCAAGGUUUCACUGAUCAUGUAGUAGCUUCUCUGUAAUGUCCCACUGCUGAAGAGAUGUUUGGGUUAUCACUACAAAUAACAGGGCAUGCUAGCCAAUGAGUGGGACGUUGUUCUUUCCCGUCUGUGUCUGGGAGCCGGGAAUUCGCGGGGUCUUUUGCCGGGGAGAGAUGAGGAGAGAGGACGCGAACGGAGAGAGCCGGUAGACCGCCGGGCGGGGUGGGCGUGGAGCGAGGGCCCGAAGGUCAGCGACGAUCGGACGAGGUCGACGGUGGACGAUUGGCCGCAUCAGUGAGAUCCAACGUGGCGCAUUAGACUGUUUCGUCAGAACGGGCCCUUGUCCUUUUUUUUUCUAUUUCUUUACUAACCAUAGAGUCAA